AAUGAUAUUUAAAAAGCCAAAUAACUAUUAAAAAUAAAUCUCGUUUAUAAAACUAAAGCAAUUUUUACCAUCUCUUGUAAGCCCUGAUGAACUCAUUGUAGAUCGAAAACGUUUGGCUAAUCUAUUAUUGUUUUUAUACCUUUCAUCAUUAAUAAAAUAAGUGAUUGAAAUAAAACUUUAAUUUAAGCGAUUUUUAUAUAAUAAUUAAAAUAAUUAAGCAAUGGCUUACAUAAAAAGGGAUCCCUUUCCCAUCAGUGGUCUAAUAAAGUCAAAUAAAGAUAAGAUCCAAACAAAUCUGGAUGACUUUAGUAACGCUAAAGUCGAGUCAAAGUUUCAUGAAUUGAAGCAUGAAUUGAAUAUUAACGACGACUAUUCUAUCAAACAAAACGAGUUUAAAGAGAAAGUCUUUCCCCGACUCUCGGAGCUGUUGUCGACUACCAGUGCUCUAAUGCUGUUACAACUGAUUCUCUACAACGACUAUAAGAUCCAAAAAUCACAACUAAUUAAGAGUGCUUUGAAGGCAUCAUUGGUCCCGCAAUUGCUAAUCAAGCAAGGACCUUGCUGCAAGUGUUACCAAUGGUUAGACCAUAAGUGCUCACUAUUAACCCAAUCAGUGGUCACCUCAAGACACCGUCAUCGGGAACUGAUCGCUCGUAUGUCAUAUCAAGUGAUCAAUUUUUUGACCGAAAUUGUGGUCCAAAUGAUUGACUUAAGAUUCACUGAAGAGGUGGUAACUCUUGUGACCAGUAUUUGCGGUCAUUAUCUGUGA